AUGGAGGGUGAUAACCAGGAAAGCAGCCACCAGCAUCUGUUUUUUCGACUGGAAAGGCCUGUCAUUUUUUGCUUUGGGAAGUGCCCACUCAAAAAGGGCAGGUCCUCAGGCAGUGACAGUACAAGAUACGGAUCAGGUCACUGGGGAAGAGGUGGAUUUUCUGUGUCCACAGUAGGAGACGACAGUUUUCUGCAGAGAACAGGCCUGAUGGUCCAUCCACGAAGUUUCUCUGGGAGCAGCCUGGAGAAGGAUGGGAGGGAGAAGGAGGCUGGUGAGCCAGCAGGGAAGUUGCCCCAGCUUCUGAGGUUUUUCUGGGCCAGCGCACCCACAGACAGUUGCCCCCAGGGACUGCAGCUGGAAAUGCUGAAAGAUCGUUUUGCCUGUGAAACACAAGACAAUGGACAGAAAGGAGGCCUGCAAUGA